AUGGCGAGGAUCAGAGGCCACACAAACAAGACCCAGACAGUAACCACUACCCACGAAGAGCUUGAGAUCAAACUCCCCGAGAAGCCUCACAAGCCCGGACGGGAAGGUCACGUCUCUUCGUUCCCUCAAGAACAACUUCCCCCUCCCAGGAAGGACCACCGCGUCACCGAAGAGGUCCGUAUCGAAGAACACUACCACCGUCCCGGUCCCGGUCCCAAGGUCGAGUCCCACACCUACGUUGAGGAGUUCCGCCCUGUCCACCAACACUUCCACAACACCACCAACGAGUUCAACAACGACACUCGUGUCCAAGUCGACCACCGUCACCACGAGCACCUGGUAAACCCGAUUGAUAGAAUCGAACGCCAGUACCGUCAACGCGCUCAGCCCAGCUACUACCGCGAAGAGGUCACCAUCGAGCAACGUCCCUUGGCUUUGCCCGCUCACUCUCACCACUCCUCCGGUUCUUCUCAGGUCUCGGGUCACUCCCACAAGUCCGACCACUCCUCUCACCACUCCCACCACUCUCACCACCACCACUCCGACCACCACUCUCACCUCUCCUCCCACUUCCCGUCUCACCACCACCACCACCACCGCCCCGCCGCUUCCCACGUCGACGAGUACACCGUCGACUCCGAGCGCCCUCGCCCCCAGGAAUUCAAGGAGACCAUCAAGGUCACCGAAGAGACUAUCGAACCCUCCCACGUGUCUGCCCCCCAGCACAAGUCCGACAAGAUGGGUUACUACGACGAGCAAGGUCAUUAUCACUCUUUCCGCCAGGGUCUUCACAAGCUGGCUGACAAGAUUGCUCACCCGCAUAAAGGCAGCUCCACCGGCUACGAGAUCGCCGAGAUCCGUGGUGCUUCCCGCCCUUCGUCCCCCGGCAACACCGGUGCCCCUCUCCUCCCCAACACCGUCACCAUCCCCUGCCACCACAUCCGCCUCGGUGACUUCCUGAUCCUCCAGGGCCGCCCCUGCCAGGUCAUCAAGAUCUCCACCUCCGCCGCCACCGGCCAGUACCGCUACCUCGGUGUCGACCUCUUCACCAAGCAGCUUCACGAGGAGUCCUCCUUCAUCGCCCACCCCUCCCCCAGCGUCGUUGUCCAGACCAUGCUCGGCCCCAUCUUCAAGCAGUACCGCGUCCUCGACCUCUCUGACGGCCACGUCACCGCCAUGACCGAGACCGGCGACGUCAAGCCCAACCUGCCCGUCAUUGACCAGUCCAACCUCUGGUCCCGCCUCAACAGCGCCUUUGAGUCCGGCCGUGGCUCCGUCCGCGUCCUUGUCCUCAACGACGCCGGCCGCGAGCUCGCCGUCGACGUCAAGGUCAUCCACGGCUCCCGUCUGUAA